AUGGAACCUCCGCGUAAACGACCACGUGCCGCCCGAGCGUGCGAGUGGUGCCGUGCAAAGAAGUACAGGUGCAACGAGCUCGACCCGUGCUCCCGAUGCAUUCGAGCCGGACUGGCUUGUGUCUACAAAGAUGCCGAUUCUUUUCGACAACGACUGACAUCGGAAGCUCCGGCUCGUCCACUCGACUUGCCUGCUGAGCCCGUCCCUCAGCCUGUCACCACCACGGCCACACAACCCGAUAUUGUCGGCUUACACCGCAGCGUCGACGAUCAAACUGGCGAGGUUGUCGAAAUCAAUCCUCAUACCCAGAGUGCGGAAUUCCAUGGCAAAACGAGUAGUCUCGCCUUUCUCUCCUCCCUUCUCCUCCCCUCUGGCGCAUCGGGAUCGAAAGACCUCCGGCCACAAGCACUAGUCUCUACCCUCCACAACGACAGCUUCUCACCCCAGGCUGGCUUAGACGACGGAGACCUGACCUUACAAGACACCAAAUUCUUCUUCCGGCAGAGUCAGCGCUUCCUCGAAGGCUUCUUCCAGAACAUCCACUUCAUCCACCCCUUCAUCGACCAAUCCGCCUUUUACGCGCGCUGCGAAUCGCUAUGGUUCGGCAACGAGCAGCAGACCCGCGGCUUCCUCGCCCUCUACUUCGCCGUCAUGUCCCUUGGGGCAUUGACACGGGAAUGGAGCGAGGACCGCAUUGAUGGCCUGACGCGAUGGGACUGGUCGCGCAAACUCUUCCGCCUUGCAUCCCUCGCCCUCGGAACCUUGCCGCUCCAGAUCGACUUGGAGACGGUGCAGGCAAGCAUCAUCAUGGCGAAGGUGUGUCAGAAUGAGCUCAAUCCGUCCUUUGCAUAUGCGUACCUCGGCCAAGCCGUGCGAACCUCUCUCUCCGCCGGCUACAAUCGCAAUUCCGACUCGAACAUGGCCAUCCGCAAGACUUGGUGGGCGUUGUACUCGGUUGAGAUUGAAAUGAGCUUUUCCCUUGGCCGUCCGGACUCGUUGGGCGCAGACUUCUACCACAACUGCGCUCUACCGCCUAUUGAGCAUAACGAAACGGCUGUGAUCACUCCCAUGGUCGACCUGGCGAGGAUCAUCCGGAAAGUUGCAGGUUGCGUUUACCAGAAAGAAAUCACUAUUGAUCAGCGGAUGGAUCUUGCUUCGCAACUCGCAGCAGAGCUGGACUCCUGGAUCACCGGCCUGCCGGAGGCAAUCAAGCCUCGUCUCGAUGAACCCACCGAAGAUCUAGGUGUUCAGAAGGAUCCAAUGUGGGCAAAAAAGCAGCGGCAUACCCUAAGAUUUCGAUACUACAACAUUACCAUGGUGCUGUACCGUCCCUUUCUCCAAUACACCACGCACUAUUCAGGAUCAAGCGAGAGUCUGGAACAAGCGCUGUCGAAAUGUGUAGCCGCCGCUCGAAGCACAAUACGGCUGAUGCAUCACAUGUACUCCACUGCUUCGUACUUCAAAACCUGGUUCUACAACGUGACAUACCUACUCUACGCAGCCUCCAUCAUCCUCGCCUAUCGCACGCGACUGGCACCUAGGGAUGCAAGGGCGGAGCUGCUGCAGCUGAUUCGAAUGAGUGUCAAGAUUCUCCGUGCAAUGGACGAGAACAUCGUGGCCAAGAAAGCUGCCGACCUGCUACAAGCUGCGUCUGACCAGGUUCGGGGCCAUAUGAUGCCGCGACUCCUCUGGUCUCCGGUGACCUGCUGCUGGAGCCGCUGA